AUGAAAACGGUUGCAGAAAAUCCCAUCGAAAAUCGCUCACAGGCGGCCAAGAUAUACGAAGACCUCUCCGAGAAGGCCCACCUCCCCCGUCGUCGCGAUCUCUCAUUUUAUUUCGUCCUAAUUAUUGCGGUAUUACCUGUUUGGUCCGCCGUACCUCUAUCCUGGGCAUUUGUGGUCUACUCACUGUACUCGGGCAACGUCUGGUCGCUCACCUGGAAGGGUCAGAUUCUCUUCGCGAUCGGGCUCGUAGAGGUCUUCUUCAGUGUUUAUCACUAUCAUUUAUCCAGAUGCAUUACCGAAGCGGGCCCAAACGGCGCGGGCAGCAUCAGUGAACUGCAGGCGGCUUUUAAGCGAGUGCUGCAGUCCGGUAUGGCAGACCUCCCUGAGUACGGUUACGACGAGGAGGACGUCGGCCGCCCAGGGAGCCCGGAGGAAGACCUGAUCGCCCUCGAGCGCGAUGACUCGCGCGCAGUUGACUUUCGUGACUACCUACGAACGUGGUUUGGCAAGGUUCCUUGGUCGCAUAUUCACCGCGAUGAAAUGUUCGCUUGGCUGUACUGGUCGAUAUACAACGCUCCAUUUACUUCCUUUGAAGCACUCCCGUUCGUACAGCAGAAGGUGCUGCUCGAUGUCCUCCAGAUGAUCGAAAAGCGUGCAGGUUCGCCCAUCCCAGAAGGAUCCAAUCCAGAAGCGAGACCCCAUCUCCUGACACUUGAUCCGGUCUCUGUGGCCUGGAGGCCGUUCAUGUGGUAUGCUGGUGUCGCUCUCAGCAACUAUUACCACCGCCGACGAUAUGAAGCCCAGUGGAACGCUGCGGUGGUUACCUAUAAAGGCCUGGAUUACAUUGUGCGCGUUCCCCACGGAUGGUCUGUGCAAAAGGGACCGCGACCCGUAGUCUUCUUGCACGGUCUCGGCCUUGGCUUGACGCAGUACAAGAUGUUCCUACCCAACCUAUUCCGCGCGCUUAAGGAUCGCCCCGUCCUCAUUCUCUUGCAGCCACACGUCAGCCAAGAAAUCUUUCAUCCGAACUUCUUCAAGCCGAUGAAUAGACAUCAGACCGCGGACUUACUUGUGGAGCUUUUGGAAGAGCUCGGAUGGGUGCAGAGGAGAAGUGAGGAUUCGGCCGCCUCCGUGUCAGAAGAAACGAACAGCGUCACGGUUUUCAGUCACUCCAACGGAUCCUUCAUUCAUGCCUGGCUACUGAAGUCGUAUCCCGAAUUGGUGUCACGCUCGUGUUUCGUUGACCCUGUCACCUUCUGCUCAUGGGAAGGAGAUCUCUGCUACAACUUCAUUUAUCGGCGUUCCACUAACGGACUUGAGCUGCUCAUGAAGUACUUCGUCGGAAUGGAGCUUGGUGUCGCAAAUUUCUUGCAACGGCACUUUGACUGGAACGCCAACGCCUUGUGGUACGAGCAGAUUCCGAAUGCGAGGGACCCCUCCAAGACCAUGUUCUUCAUCGGAGGUAGAGAUGCGAUCGUAGAUGCUUCGCGUGUCAAGCGUUACCUGACCUCGCAUGGCAUCCGCAAGGGCCUGUGGUACGAUCCAGAAGGAAUACAUGGCCAGGCACUCCUUUCGGGCGGUGCAGGGCAUGCUGCCAUCAUUCGCUGGCUGCGUGAACCAGACUCUAAUCUGACUUCACCGUGACUUGCAUUCGUUUGGAACUCGCGACAUAGACCGUGCUCAUCAUAUGUGCAAACUGAUUCUGUGGGCGACGUCCAUAUAUCCACUAAAGGCCUUGAUAAUCAUUAUCAUUGAUGAUAGGUGUAGUAUAUAGUUGAUUUAGUACGAUACCCACUGUGGAUUCCGUUCUUGAUAGUCAUACUUCGCUUAAUUUAUAACUGAAGGUUCGAAGCGUGUGUCUCCGGCGAAUGUUAAUGGGCG